GCUGCGAUAUUGAGCCCGAUGUACUCGGUAAGCGUGAAGUGUGGCAUGUUCAACCUGGUUUGAAACUCACUUUGGUGUCUAUCUCGAAAUGUCUUGCUCUUGACGUUGCUCGCAGAUGAUGAAGCGGGAACUCAUGUCAGCAACAUAUGGGAAAUCUUCUACGAUUUUUUACCUUGAUAAAGCUUCUCGCAACCCUCUCAUCGGAUCAGUGUCAAAAACUCGCAGACCUAGCCAAGUCGUCAGAUGAAUGGAAUCAAUCUACGUAUGGCGCCUUCUCGAGGUUCUGUACCAAUGCUACACUCUUGGAACUACGAGGUUACUGGGAACGCUUUCUUUGCACGGAUCGCCUGUCUGAACAAGGCAAACAGCGUCUCCAGACUCGCCGCCGCCGAAGCAUCCGAGGACAGCUUAGUGUACAAUGCGUGUCGGUCACUGUGGCAGGACAUUGGAAAGCUUGCUCCAAAUCAUUUCAAAUCGUACUGGAAAUCCAGAGUUACGCAUACUCCGUUGGUUGCCAGUUCUCCACCAUCCUUGCAUGUCAAUCCCACGUUCGUCCAUUCAAUCGAAAGGUCAUAAGUUAUCUUUCAUGUGCACUUACGGCACCGAUCCGAUUCUACCAUUCCAUCUCGCCGCAAUGGCGUCUACCGUUUCUGGCGAUCAUGAGCGGAUCCUGACUGUGGAGACGGUGGUAAUCGUGGCGAAGAUACAGUUUGAAGAGUGGUCGGGUGGCUUGGGACUGGAAUGCAAUCUUCGUA